GGAAGAGAUUAGUGAAUAGUGAGGGUGGAAAGUGAAUGAUUUCGUUGCAUAUGAAAAUCGUUGUGAUAUUAGUGACAAGUGAAACGAGAGAAAUGAGUGGUCCGCAGUCCUCACUGACUUUACAGUUCAGAAACAGUGUAUAUAUUUAUAUAUAAAACCUAUCGCACCAUUCUUCUCCUUCCCAACUCACUAUCUCUUCCUCUUAGCCUUCCAAUCUCACCUUCAGAAUGGGAAGUUCUGGAACAACCGACUAUGGUGCAUACACCUACCAGGAGCUUGAGAGAGAACCUUACUGGCCAUCAGAGAAGCUGAGAAUUUCCAUCACUGGUGCCGGUGGUUUUAUUGCCUCUCACAUCGCGCGGCGCCUCAAGACCGAGGGGCAUUACAUCAUUGCCUCUGACUGGAAGAAGAAUGAGCACAUGACUGAGGACAUGUUCUGCCAUGAAUUCCAUCUGGUUGAUCUCAGGGUCAUGGAUAACUGCCUCACUGUUACCAAGGGUGUGGACCAUGUUUUCAAUCUUGCUGCUGAUAUGGGUGGCAUGGGUUUCAUCCAGUCCAACCACUCUGUCAUUAUGUAUAACAACACAAUGAUUAGCUUUAACAUGAUUGAGGCUGCCAGGAUUAAUGGUGUUAAGAGGUUUUUCUAUGCCUCUAGUGCUUGUAUCUACCCUGAAUUCAAACAGUUGGAAACUAAUGUCAGUUUGAAGGAGUCUGAUGCCUGGCCUGCUGAGCCACAAGAUGCAUAUGGGCUUGAGAAGCUUGCAACAGAAGAGUUAUGCAAGCACUAUAACAAGGAUUUUGGAAUUGAGUGUCGCAUUGGGAGGUUCCAUAAUAUAUAUGGUCCUUUUGGGACAUGGAAAGGUGGAAGGGAGAAGGCUCCUGCUGCAUUUUGUCGAAAGGCAAUUACUUCUGCAGAUAGAUUUGAGAUGUGGGGAGAUGGAUUACAAACACGAUCAUUUACCUUUAUUGACGAGUGUGUUGAAGGUGUUCUUAGAUUGACAAAAUCAGAUUUUCGGGAUCCAGUAAAUAUUGGAAGUGAUGAGAUGGUCAGCAUGAAUGAGAUGGCUGAGAUUGUUCUUAGCUUUGAGAACAAGAAGAUUCCCAUACACCACAUUCCUGGCCCAGAGGGUGUUCGUGGUCGUAACUCAGACAACACACUAAUCAAAGAAAAACUUGGUUGGGCUCCAACUAUGAAAUUGAAGGAUGGUCUAAGAAUUACAUACUUUUGGAUUAAAGAGCAGCUUGAGAAGGAGAAGGCUCAAGGUAUUGACUUAUCAAGCUAUGGCUCAUCCAAAGUGGUUCAGACUCAAGCCCCGGUUCAACUGGGUUCACUUCGUGCAGCAGAUGGCAAAGAAUAAAGUUAAUAUAAUGCAGUGAGAUGUUGUGAUAAUCAUCUAAAUGUUUCAUGUGUACUUCAGGUUGGAGGUUCCUAUUGUUCAGUGUAGUCUGUUAAGGCAAAAUUGUGGUGCAUAAGGUGCUAUUAAGGCAUUAUAAAUUUUAAAAUAGCAUGUGCUUUAAGUCUAAAUAAAUGGUGGAAUUUUAAUAAA